AUGUGGCGUGGAGCCCUGGUGGCUGGUGUGGGACUGGCUGAGCUGAGCUGCCCUGCAGGACCUGGCGGCGAGGCAUGUCGCCUGUCAGCGGCUCCGAGCUGGCGGAGCUUCGGGCGUUGCGCGAUCCCAGCAGGGAACGACCUCGGAGAGGCCUUGUUCCUCACUGCGGCAGAGGCCAAGGAUCACUGCGAGGCUCAGGAGGCAUGCGCAGCCUUCACCUUCGAGGGAGAGGAUCUGGAUGGCCUGUCUGAAAGCCCUGUCUGGGUGCACUUCAAGACGCACUUCGACUGUGUGGAUGCGGCGUGGGUGGCAUGGCGCAAGGUGGAUUCGUCCCUGGAGGACUCCACAGCAGUGUCCUUCACGGCACAUGACCUGACUGGCCUGGGGGUAGCCCUGUGCUUGAUGGGACAGGUCCGCAUGUUGUCCCACACCCACGUUGCCUUGGAGCAGCACGUCUUGCAGGUUCUGAAACCUGACGUUUUUUUGUAUGGACCGCGCGGAUCUGAUGCCGAGCCGGCUCCAAAAUUGCACAGUCUCGAGGAUUACGUGGUGGAGGAGAAGUGGGAGGUGGAGAGCAUCCGUGACCGCCUGUAUGCCGAGACGCGGAAUCCGAGUCGAACGAUCGAUGUUGAGUACGUGCAGGUGCAGGGCAAUUGGUUUGGAAGCGAGUGCCUGGACCCGCCUUUGCAUGAUAAACGGCCUGGAAGUGCUAUCUGCUGGUAUUACAGUCAGCAGAAGUGUUUGGAGAUGAUCCAGAAGCAGGAGCAUCAGAGAGGACAGCCCUAUCAAUGGGUAGUCGUUUCACGCUUUGACUUUCGGUGGUUGGCGCCUCACCCACCGCUGGAGCUGUUGAAGGCGGAUGUGGUCUGGAUUCCAUCAGGCAGUGACUGGGAGGGUGGAAUCAACGAUCGUCAUGCUGUGAUACCUCGUCGGCAUGCCGAAGGCUAUUUGAGCUCCUGGAAGAUUUUAACCUCCGGCCGCGCCAGGGACGUGAUGCUGGACACUCUUGGCGCCAUGAAGGUGAAUGGUUUUCCGGGGCCGAAUACAGAGAACUUCUUGAAGGCGCGACUCCAGUUCCUGGAGGUGGAGUACGAACGUUUCCCGAACGUGGCUUACCUGACCUGCACACUUCGCGAGAAAAGUCGAUGGACCCAGUGCUUCGGAACCGCCUCCAGCAAUGCUCCAGGCUGGCUCUAUAAGGAGGAGAUGGAACACGCAACCCGCGUUGCCAACUGUGUACGCUCCUCGUGGAACAGGCGAAAGAUGGAGGACUGUGCGGAGGACAUCUCACAUCUUUACCGUGGGCUGCGGUGA